CGGUAUGUCAAAUACUCACUGGUGAUUCCUGGGAGUCCUCAGUUAUCAGACACUGUCUGAAACCAGACGCUGUGGAUGAUCAGAGUUCAUUGACAGGGAGUGACUUACUGUACUACUGGUGUAUGCCAUCGAAGGAAUGGAGGCAAACCAGUUCACAUGAGUCAUUGCCAAAGCAGUGGAUGGCCUAAGACCUGUUAUACGCAAUAGUACCUCCUAGUUUCUGCAACCUUUCUUGAGCUGAUCAGCAUGGCCUCCUCCGAUGAUACAGAAGGGUCUCUGACUCCUGUGGAUUUCAUCCAGCUGCAGCAGUACAUGGAGUACAGCACUUUGAGGGUGAAAGAUGUGAUUAAAGAGUUUCACCCUGGAGGUCGUCUGGCCCAGCACAGCUUUGGAGAGUGUGUCGACGCGGUGGGUUUCUGUCUCUUUCUCAAGACCUACCUAGAGGUGGAUGACUUCCCUGCAGAUUUCGGCCAACGCCUUUUUCGUUAUUUUCAACGUGUGGAUCAGGACGGGAACAUGAAGUGCUCACAGUCCAAAGGAGGAGUCUUUCUUCGUGACGUGUCCUGCUACUUCUCAGUGCUGGAGGAAGGACAGCCACGAGAGAAGCUUGAAUUUACUUUCAAACUUUACGACAAAGACGGCAACGGACUCCUGGACAGCUCUGAAGUGGAUCGUAUAAUCACCCAGAUGAUGCGAGCUGCUGAUUACCUGGGCUGGGACGUGACUGAGCUCAGACCAGUGCUUAAAGACAUGAUGACAGCAAUCGAUGUGGACGACAGUGGGACCGUCACCCUGGAAGAAUGGGUUAAGGGAGGCAUGAACAAUGUACCUUUACUUGUUCUGCUUGGACUAAAGAUGACAGAGAGGGACGGGCAGCAUAUUUGGAGGAUGAAGCACUUUAACAAGCCAACCUACUGCAGUGUGUGUCAGGGCAUGCUGCUCGGCCUCGGGAAGCAGGGACUCUGCUGCACCUGUUGCAAGUACACUGUCCACAGCCAGUGUGCCAACAAGAAUCCUGAAUCCUGUGCUCGUACCUUUGUCAAAUCUAAAAGGGAGAUUAGUGUAGCAGCUCAUGACUGGAUCAGAGCCGACUGUAACGCUGCCAAGUGUCAGGUCUGCCACAAGAAGAUUAAAACUUUAGUAGGGAGGCGCUGUGUGUGGUGCCAGGAGAUGCGUCAUGAGGAGUGUCUGCUCUCUGGCUUAUCAACCUGUGAGUGUGGGCCACUGAGAGAUCAUAUACUGCCUCCUUGGGCCAUAUACGCUGUCUCAAAGGAGGAGGAUACCAGCCUGUUAAAUGUUACCCCUGAUGGCCACAACCUGCAGAUUGUUCCAAUUCCAGACACCCAUCCUCUGUUGGUGUUUGUAAACCCAAAGAGUGGAGGAAAACAGGGUGAAAGAGUGCUCAGGAAGUUUCAGUACCUGCUUAACCCACGUCAGGUGUACAACCUAUCCAACGGAGGUCCCGCACCAGGGCUGCACUUCUUCCGCAGUCUGCGUGAAUACAGGAUCUUGGCGUGCGGAGGAGACGGCACAGUCGGGUGGCUCCUGGAUGCUAUAGACAAAGCGGAUCUCCAGGUACGUCCUCCAGUGGCUGUCCUGCCUCUGGGUACUGGGAAUGACCUGGCUCGCUGCCUUCGCUGGGGAGGAGGCUACGAGGGGUCCGACUUGAGAGAGAUCCUGAAGGAGAUCGAAGCCAGCGAGUUGGUUCCCAUGGACCGCUGGAGCAUCCAGGUGAUACCAGAUGACCCUCAAGAGGCAGGAGACCCCGUACCCUAUGAAAUCAUCAACAACUACUUCUCUAUUGGAGUGGAUGCCUCUAUUGCUCAUCGUUUCCACUCCAUGAGAGAGAAACACCCCCACAGGUUCAAUAGCAGAAUGAAGAACAAACUUUGGUAUUUUGAGUUUGCCACCUCUGAGACCAUCUCUGCCUCUUGCAAGAGGCUGAAGGAGUGUCUCACAAUUGAGUGCUGUGGGAGACAACUGGACCUGAGCAGCAAGUCUCUGGAAGGCAUAGCUGUCCUCAACAUACCCAGCAUGCAUGGAGGCUCCAACCUCUGGGGCGAGUCCAAGAAACCUGAUGGUGUAGCAGAGGUGGAGCACAGUGAGGUUAUCACUGACCCUGAACUUCUUAAAACAAUCUCACAGGACAUGAGCGAUAAGCGUUUAGAGGUGGUGGGGCUGGAAGGAGUCAUAGAGAUGGGACAAAUCUACACAGGACUGAAGAGCGCCGGUCACAGACUGGCACAGACCUCUCAAAUUACCAUCAGGACAAUCAAAUCCCUGCCCAUGCAGAUUGACGGGGAGCCAUGGAUGCAACCUGCUUGUACUAUCCACAUAACUCACAAGAACCAAGCUAACAUGCUCAUGGCUACACCGACCAAACCAUCCAGCUUCUUUCACCUCAAGUAGAGUAACGAUUCCACUGCAUCCUCCAGUCUGCAUAGGGUCAAAGUGGAUCACCUGAAAAUGAUGCAGGAUAAGUAUUUAAAAGAGAAUACCCAUUGCUGAGUGAGUAACUGUGUGUUUGUAUUGUUAAGUAUUAAAAUGUGUGUCCUUUGCAUGUAAUCCCUGAUAACUGUUUCAAAGUACAGACAGCUUGCACUUAAUGUAGCGACCACACUGACAGUCUGACUCAAAAGUGCAAAUUUCACCACUCAGUCUGCUCAUUGCUAUUGUGUGCCAAUAUAAAUGUAUCACAUCCAUUUUUUGUGUUUGUAAAUAAAAGAGCAGAACGCAUUCAUAUGAAUAGGGAAUAUAAAUUUACUUAUUUUACGUCGCAAUAGCUUUUUCCGUUGUUGAUCAAAUUUAAAGCUGUGUCUCGUUGAGUUUCACCUAAUGCAGCUGGCAAUGGACUGGCUUUGUGUGGGCCUUCAUAAGCUCACAGCAGCUCCUCCAACACUAUCAUACCUGUCUGUUCAGAUAUAUUUCACUGUCAGUGUUUAUCCAACUGAAAAACAAUAUAUAAUGUAUGUAUUUGUGUGUGUUUUGUUUUUGUUGUUGUUUUUUUACUCUUUCUUCAAUAGGUUUUGAUGAAACAAUGUGAGAGACACUUGAUUGAAUGUGACUGAAUGUGGUUUUAUAAAGAUUUGUUUUACACAGUUAUAACUGAGUCCUGAAAGUGCUGGCGAGUUUGGUUCUCUCCGAGAUUUACCAAGUUGCUUAUAAAAAACAGCAUUCUGUUGUAUUUAAUACAUUAAGGUGUACUGGAAAUGAGUAACACUAGCUUGAGUGUUGUUGUCCUGUAACUUUGCUGACAUAUGAUGUCUUUGAAACUUUGAAACAAGAUUUCCCCAGUGAUUGGGCUUCAGUCACAAAAUGCACAGAAGCCUUGGGAAAUCUUAUAAAAUAUUAUUGAUUAAAUGUAAUGAAAUCACACCAAAAUGUGUUGGAUCUUGAACAAAAAUAUCUAUUUUGUGAGUCAGUCUUGUGUUGACUUUUCACUGUACUUGUAUACAUGUAACACGCUUGUAUGUUCAUUUAUGGUCUUAAUAUCAAAUUGUGUAGUUGUCAUUUGCAUGUGUGUCUUGAUAAUACUGUAUUCUCAUUUUCAGCGAUCAGUCAUGCAGCAUCACACUGACUACAUAUGCUUAAGUGUCCUCAGAGUGAUUACCUGGUGAAAGGGCAGAUCAAGAAAAUAGUCAAAAUCUUGAUGCAUACUUAAAAAAUACUUAAUUACAGAUGUAUCUCUGUAUCAUGCGACUUACGCUACUUUAAGCAAAACAGAAAAAGAGGCCAUUUGCAUGUAAAAAUAUCUACAACACAAUGUUACAUAUUCCCAUGUUUAUGUAUCAUAAAGAUCUGUGUCAGCUCUCAACA